AUGGGAAGUGCCUUGAAGCCUGUAACCACCGCCAACUCAGAUGUGGUGAUGGACGAAUUUGCCGGGGAAAGGGUUGAUGAUCACAAGCCCGCUCCCAUUGACGGAUUUAGCGAUGCCGAGAAGCAACUAGAUGGCAUAGGCUCCAUUCCAUGCGACUUCGUCUACAGCUCCAAGGAGAGUACUCGGAUCCGAUGGAAACUUGAUCUAAUUCUUCUUCCUAUGAUGGCAUUUACUUACAUACUCAAUUAUAUGGACAAGGUUGCCUUAUCCGAGGCCUCCAUAUUUGGCCUACAAAAAGACCUGGGUCUUGUUGGACAGCAAUACAGCUGGUCAUCUUCCAUCUUCUAUCUCGGAUACUUGGUAUGGCAAUAUCCUAGCUCGCUCUUAAUGCAGAAGCUUCCCAUCGGACGCUACUUUGGUGUCAUGAUAUUCCUCUGGGGCCUUACUGCAACUACAACGGCGUUUACUAAAGGUUUUGCGACACUUUCUAUCAACCGUGUCUUCCUCGGAAUUUUUGAAUCGUGCAUGUCCCCCAUUCUCACGAUCCUCGUAUCUCAAUAUUGGACUCGAGAUGAACAGCCUCUUCGUGCCUCCUUGUGGUGGUCGGCCAGUGCUAUCGGCGCCUUUAUUGCUGAUUCUAUUACCUACGGUGUUUCUGGAAAAGACCAUCCUAAUUCCAAAUAUGCCGUCUGGAAGAUUAUUUAUCUCGUAUUCGGGUCGCUGACACUGCUCUGGGGCGUAAUCGUCUUUUUUGCGGUACCAUCGUCGCCAAUGGAGGCAUGGUUCCUUAACAAGAGAGAGAAGAAGAUUGCUGCGGCUCAAGUCAUGAAGAACCACACUGGCAUAAAAAACACCGAGUAUAAAUGGUACCAAGUCCGAGAAUGCUUGAUCGACCCGCAGCCUUGGAUACUAGCAAUCCAUGCCUUUCUCCAAUCUCUACAGGGUGAGGGCCUAGCAUCGUUUUCCAAGAUUGUUUUAACCGAAACUCUUGGCUACACCAGUCGCCAGGCCACACUAAUGAGCAUGCCAUCCAAUACCAUCCACCUCGUUUCGGUGGUCUUUGCCGGUUGGUUUUGUAGCCAUUACAAGAAUACAAGGUGCUACGUCAUGAUCGUCACGAAUAGCAUCGUCCUUAUCGGUGCGGUAUUGAUCGCCAAUCUUCCGCGUUCCAAUCACAGCGGUCUACUUGCGUCUUUCUACCUCAUUUACAUGAAUACGGUCCCGUUUGGCUUGGGCAUGAGCAUGAUUUCGUCAAACAUUGCAGGAUUUAACAAAAAGUCUACCGCAAGUGUUCUGAUGUUUCUUGGCUACUGUCUCGGUCAGUUCACUGGACCUCAACUGUUCAUCGAGAAACAGGCUCCAAAGUUUCAGACAGCCUUUAGGGGCUUCUAUUCCUCCAUAUCUGUCAUGAUUUUCUUGGAGGUUGUCCUGGUCAUUUAUAUCAGGUAUCAGAACCAUCGACGGGAUCGCCGACAAGCAGAUCGCAACAACUUGAACUUUACCGAAAAUGAUUCAGACCUGACUGAUUGUCAACAGCCGUCAUUUAGGGAUGAGACUGAGGAUGUCAAAGCCCGCUCAAGGAUUCGCAAAAAGAAGACUAAUAGUUUUACAAAUACAACAAUACCCCAGCAAACAAAUUCUCCAUCAUUGAGCCAACAAAAUGAAACACACAUCCAGAGAGAGGGGCCGGAACUGCUAGAGCUGCCAUCGCUCCCAGUCUUCGACACGACGACCAUACCUUGGAUCGACGCAAUGCUUGACUCAAAUCUGGGCGAGCAGUGGGAUCCAGCGACAGACACGGCUAUGUUAUGGAACACUUCCACCAGCUCUAUCGUCGCUAAUGAAUCCCCCCACCAAAUUCGUGGCCUGUACAGCAGUCAGGUCUUUGCUGAGUUGAACACACCUGGCUCAGACUACCAAAGCCCAGGUGCCAAAUCAAUCUCAACUGUUUCCGAUCAUGUUUUGGCACAGCACUACACUCAGAGCCUAACGUCAAAAUACAGCUCAAAGGAGCAAGCUGCCCACCUUUUCUGGAGCGGAAGAUUGGGAUCUGAAACCAGCGCGAUGGAGCAUUACGACAAAAGUCUCGUGGGCAUCAGAGACCAACUCGGAAUUCAUCUGAUGGGAGAGGACGCAACCGAAAUUGCCAGCCAGACCUGGCUCCAACUUCUGGCCCGAGAAGAUGACCUGGAUGCUGUUGCUGUGACCCUGUAUUUCUUGGCUUGGACUGACCUUCUUCUUUCAAGGCGGGCAUCUUUGAGACGGAUGCUCAGCCUAGAAGCCACUUUACUGGACCUCGGUGGUCAUGAUCAGUCACAUACCCUCUACGUCAGAAUGGCUGUGUGGUUCUGCUUUCUCGACGCACGCGCUGCGCUCUUUCAUCAAGGCAACGACCGUAUUAUUCAAUCCAUGGGAGACGAUAUGGGCUUGAUGAGAGCCGUGGAAGCGUCAUAUGACUUUCUGCAGCAAGAAUACAGUCUUCUAUACCCUGAGGAAGAACGGCGGCGGGAUGAGGCUCAUCAGCCCCUGUACGUCGCAACAUGUCGCUUAGUAGCUCUUCUAGGAAAACUGUCUCGGAAUGGCGGCGACAGAACAGACGAGUGCCAAGUCAUGGCAUCCUUGUGCGAUAUUCAGCGAAGUAUCGAAGGCAUCAGUGAAGUAAAAGCCGCUGAAGAUAGGGUGUUUUCUACCUACCUCACCACAAGUGCGCUUUUUCAUGCAGUAGAAAUAUACGCAUCGAGAGUCUACCAGCCCACUGAAUCAAUGUACACAAAGAGUACCCAUGCAGAAAAGAUCAUAACCAUUACCAGCCACUUCUACCGAAGGCUGAAGCGGCCAAGAACGGAAGCGCCCCCGACUAAGAUAUGGCCAGUGCCUCUGAUCAUGGCCGCAAUUGAGGCAAAGGACUGGAUCUACAGAGACUGGGCGCUGCAACAGAUGAAGAGCUACUACAGUGCGGGUAAGCAUUUUGUCAAUGCCUGUGCAUUUGUCGAAACGGUACAUGCCACCGAGGAGGCAACGGGGCGUCGUAGUAAUCUUCAUCAGAUCGCCGAGGAUAUGGGCGAUGACUUUGUCCGACCAAAUUCUUUAUUCCUCGGUGUUCACUGCACGACGCCGAUGGGCUCUCAUAAUAUGCCUUCUUUAGAAACCCCCAUCACGCGAGGCCCUGGUCCGUCGUGCUACCAGCACAUUGUUGUGGAGGGUACGCCAUACAAGAGAGGCUUGUCGCAUGGAAGACAGGCAAGUGAGAAGGUUCGUGCCAAUAUCGAGUAUUAUAAGCUUCCAGGGAAACUACCGCAUUGGUCUAUAUGUUCCAAAAUCAUCCAGACAGUUUACAUCCCGGCCUUUGAAAAGUUCUAUCCAACCGGGCUCGAAGAGAUCAAUGGAAUUGCAGACGGCGCCGGCGUGACGGUCGAGGAAGUUGUCAUGCUCAAUGCUCGUUACGACUUGGGUAGAUGCAUGUAUCGGCUUCAAAACGGUGGGGAGACUCCGCAGGACUCUGACGGGCAUGACGAAUGUACAAGCGGAUUUUUCCCCCAGAAAGCAGUUGAGUCUGGACAUGCUCUAGCCGUACACAACUGGGACAUGUCCAGCCACCUCUACAACCAGGACCUCAUAAUCUACCUUGAGGUGCAUCCAGACUCGUCCGAAGACCGUCCAUCGAUGUUUAUCCUUACAGAAGCUGGUCAACUCAUUCGCAGCGGAAUGAACUCCGCCGGCCUUUCGGUUACGGCAAAUUCAUUGCUCUCAAGUCAAGAUUACGUGCCCGUCUCCCAUAUCGACCGCGACGGAGUUUACCAUAAAGUCGCCGACCCAACACCUGUUCUCCCUCUCUCUGUGGCUAGGCGCAUCUUUUUUGAAUACAGCAACUACGCUGAAGGCCUUGUGGCUAUCAAUGCCUUUCCACGCCAUGUCUCAGGAAACCUGCACGUCUCGACGGCAGACGGAUUUGCAAUGGCAAUGGAGGUCGCGCCUGACCGUAUCUACAAAUUCUAUGGCAAAAUUGACGACCAGUACCUGAUUCACAGUAAUCACUUCCUUAGUCCCGAAUUUCUCAGUCGCGACAACAUUUUUGACCGCUAUCCUGGCGGUAGCAGCUGGUUUAGAUGUUUGCAGGCCGAAAAGGGUGUGAGAGCAGACUGUUCUGCAGGGCAACUGACCCCUGAAAAGAUCAAGACAGCGUUCUCAGACCAUUUGGCAUACCCCGAGAGUUUAUGCAACCAUCCGAAUCCCAAGCAGAAAAACUUGCCCAGUGCCGUUCUCACAGGUUAUACCUCAAAGCAGAAUAUGACGGUGGCAUUUGUCAUUUACAACCUUUCAGAGUUAACAAUUACCGUGUGUAAGGGGCCGCCUUGCAAAGGAACGUUACAGGUAUUUAAGCUCAAAUAG